AUGUCUUUUUCAGGGAAACGAGGCCGAAAGGCCGACGAUUGUGAGGAGGUGGCCGCACCUCCCCCCUACGUGAAGACGCGACUGCAGUCUCCACCCGACACUGAUUCAACCGGGGUUGAAACGCCCUUGGCUGCCGUGCUCGACCGGUACCUGGGACCGGAGUACAUCGCCACGAGAGCGGGUCCUGUGGGCCGCGAGGUUUCGUAUCUGAAGGGGUCAGAUGUCAUUAAUUUGGCAAACAAGCUGUUUGGCCACGACAACUGGAGUUCGGAAGUGCUCGAGCUCACCGACAAAGGUGUCCGCCAGGAUGGCCCCAAGUGGUUGGUUUUUGUUACGUGCAAGGUCCGUGUGACCGUGCAUUGGCCCGAAACGGGCAGAGAGACGUUCCAUGAUGGAAUCGGGACCGGUGGUGCCGGGAAAGGUGCGAAGACACCUGAGGAAGCUUUGGGUAUGGCCCACAAGACGGCGGCCACUGAUGCUCUGAAGAGAGCUUUGAUUCACUUUGGUAAGGCAAUGGGGAAUUGCUGCUAUGAUCACGACUAUCUCAAGUGGAUUGAGACGGUACGUGCCCGGACGCGGAAACCGGAUCUCUCCAGCGUCUAUGCCGAGGGGCGGCUGUUGCGUAAGCCCAGUGCUGUAGAGUCUUCGGGCGGGAGCCAGCAGAAACUUCCCUUUGAACCACAACGGAAGAAUGGGGCCAAGGUGGCCACUCCGGCGCGUCUUGUGCCGAUGAAGCAGGAACCGGAAGAUGCCUUCGAUAGUGAUGUGUUUGUUGAUGACGAUGACGAAUACACAUUUUAA